CUCCCCCGUCGUUAGUGAUCGACACGAAGCAACAUGGUGUACACGAUUGUCUGCCACCUGUACGCCAAGGAGGGUAAGGACGUUGAAGAGAAGAUCCGCAGCAAGCUCGUCGAAGCCUCGAACGUGUACGUGAAGGACGCGGGAACCCUGAACUGGCACGUCAUGCAGGACCACGCCGACCCCCGCAAGUGGACAAUCGUCGAGCGCUACGAGAAGAAGAGUAGCCUGAAGGUUCACGUGGCCAACCCGUUCUACGCCACGUUCGGGGCUUACAUGGCCCCACUGCUGGCCAAGAAGUUGGAAAUCCACCAGUUCAACGAGCUGGACACGAGCCGUCUCUGAUUACAGAGCAAUCGUUGUCACCGGUGCUUGAAAUGAGUUAGCCUACCUGAUCCUGGUGGUAAAUCCUGGUCCAGGAUUCCUGGAGCUUUUAAUCUACAGAAUCACUCGUACAAACUCUUAGUACUCGACAAAUAACUUGCGAUGAGCUCUUUGCUGAGACUACUUAAGUUGUGAUGCAGUAGCUUUGUCAAAUUCGUAUUUCCUUAUUUGGUCGGCAGGGUGUAGAAUGGCAGCCUUGCAGGAGGUG